CACCGCUCACACAAACACCGUUCACACUCCCUUUGCCCUCUCUCGGUGCCCGGGGCCGGGCAGCGGUGUCCGGGAGGCCGGAGCCGCCGGCUGAUGUCCGAACGCUCUCAUCACCAUCCCUGCCCAUGGCCCGCGGGUUGGAGCUAGGUGAUAUCCAUGGUUUCCUUCCAGCUCACACCGUUCUGUGGUUCAGUGAUCGUCCCCGGAAUGAGGGAGCUGGGCCUGCCGGGUUCCCCACUCAGCAAAGGCUCGCUGCUGUCACACUGCGUUGGGUGCACAGUGAUUUCCACGUGGGUUGGAAACAUUUUGUGUGACAGUGCUGGCUUGAGCAGCUGCCCCAGGGACUCUGUGCUUGCCCUGGCUCCACCCGUGUGUCAGGCAUGCCCAGAAACAAAAAUAAAAGUCAAGCUUGAGCCUUGGGAUUUCUGGUCCCUCAGGGGAGCAAGAAACAGAAGGUGACUGAAGUAUUUGUGUACAUGGGGGACGUGUUUCUGUUAGCUGUGUUUAGGACAUGGAGGAUCCAAAAGUCCCUGGAAAGAUGAUGCUGUUGGGAUAGCCAACCUUGUCUGCAGCUACCCCUGGAAAGGCCUUUGGGCACUGAUGGGGAGUGCUGUGGACAAGAAUCAGGGAGCUCCUCCUGCCAAACCUGCCCCAGGCACGGAACACAAAUUGCAUCUCAUUGAGCCCUUUGUGCUGUCCUUCCUGGUCUGGUGCUGCUCUGGGGAGGAGUGGCCCUUCUCCUUGGCCUCUUGCUCCCUUUCCUCUGGCCAGUCAAAAUAUUUGCAGUCUCAGCAUGAGCUGGGUUGGGAAACUGCUCGGGGGCAAGACACAGUUAGGAGAAAGCCCUGGUUGGAUCUGGAUCACCCCACAGCACAAAGGCAGGGAGAGCAGAGGACAGGGAAGCACUUCUGCUCCCUGCAGCAGCAUGGCCACGCUGCCCUGGCUCUGGGGAUUGAGUAAGGUUUUGUGGGAGUGCCCAGCUCAUCAGGUGUGUCCCAGAGGUUCACCUGGCAUCUAGCCAGAGCAGCCUUUCGCCAUCUCUCCCCUGCAGUGACUCCUGCUGUGCCAACAGGAGUGGUGCCAAAACCUUUGUGCACCCAGGGGCUGAACGUGCUGCCCGUGUGAGCGUUUCCUGGUGGCAAAAAGUCUCUUAUUCACCUAUUUAAUCCCUGAGGAACCUGUGCUUUCCCUUCACUCCUCCAAAACUUUGGGGUGUGUGCAGCAGCCUCGGGCUGCCAUCAGUCUGGCAGCUGCAAUGGGCAGAGCUCCAGCCCCCUUGGUCCCUGCCUGCUGUGAGGAAUGGCUGGCAGCAAAGCACCCGGGGCAGCUGAGCCUCAGCGAGGCGUGAGAGCAGCAGGCUUCUCCUGGAGCAGUGACAAGCAGCCAUGCAACCCUGCCUCUCUUCCUCACCCCUUCUUGGGCAGAGGCCUCUCCUUUCUCAGCUCUCCAGGACCCUUCUCAGAGCUUGCUUUCAGCCCUGCCCAGCAGUUAUCCUCUGCCACCCCUUUGGAGGUGCAGGGCAGGGCCUCUCCUGACCCUGCAUGAAGCAGUCGCUGCUUCUUGAGUCCUAUUUUUCCUGAAGUUUUCACCCUGGAGGCAAAAGAAAUACAACAAAAAAUGCUUUCCCAUGUUUGCCAAGCCCAGGUGAGCUUCUUCAGCACCAGGGGACUGGAGCUGAGUGACAGCCUGCAGCUGGCAUCAGAGGCCUAGCCUGGUGAAUCACUGCCACUUUCCCUGCUGUGGGGGCCCUUCCCAUUCCAUCUGGAGCCAGAAAUGCUUCUGCAUCCUGGAGAGACCCAGUGAGUGCAGCAGCAUGGGGGUGAUGCUGCUGCCCUCCCACACUCUUUCAAGCUCUUUGGGACUGAUGCUGGACCCUGCUCAGCAUCUCAGUCUCCAGGUCACUUGGGCUUCUCCACCGUGGGUGGCAGGAGUUGUCUGUGCCAGGCAGUUGGGCUGGACUCAGCUUUUCACUUGGCUUCAGUGGUUCUUGGUGGUGAGGGUGGGUUGGCCUAAGACGAGUGGUUUGGAUGCAGCACCGGUCAUGGGGCUGGCUUUGCCAGAGCUGAGGGCGACACCAGGCUGCUUUGAUCAUUGGGCUUCCUCUCAGUUUGUGGCUGCAGCUCCACAUUUGUGGCUGCUUGUUGCCCCAAACAUUUCUAGGCAACAAAUGCCCUGGCAACAUGGGGCCAGCAGGACAGAGCUGGCAGUGUCCUUCCUCUGUCAGGGUGCCUCCCUUGGAGCUGCUUCCUGCCAUGGCCGUGCCCAUGCACAGCGAGGGGUCUGUGCUUGGCAUGUGGGUGCAGGCAGAACAGGGUGUUCCCGAGGGACAGCUUGCCUCCCAGUGGAGGAGAGGCUGGCUCAGGGGAGCUGGGCUGGGCCAAGGUGUUGUUGGGCUUGGCUCCACGUCCUCACAUGGGAGCUGGGCCGUGGGCUGCGUGUGAAACGGUGCCCUGGGAGCUGUGGCAGGCAGCUGGCACCUGGGGGUGGGCAGGAUCCCAGUGGCUGGGCCUGUUUCCGUGCUGCAAACCCCUGCAGGCUGGCAGGCUCUGCCAGGGUCGGGAUGUGCAGCCAGGGCAGCGAGGGAGGAAACCUUCCCAGCUCUCUGCUCUCACCGCCUCCAUGGAGACGCCUCCAGUGGGACUGUUUUCAGGGGUUGUUUUGGCUCUGCUCUCUCAAAGCCCUGAACACUGCAGGGUGACACUGAUAAGUGCACCUGGGCUAGCAGCUCCCAAACCCUGUAGGGCAGCUGGGUUUGUAGGGAGGGCAUGUCUACAAAGGGGGCAGGGGUGAACAACUUAGAUGCCCUGCUCAGCCUACUCUCUUCCUGGGCCACGAGGAGCAGAGGUGUCCUGUUUCCAGGCCAGGCCCCGCUGACGCCGUCUGUAAACUGGCUGGGGGAUAAAUAUUCAAGGUGCAGUCAUGCUGGUUAAGUUCCCAGCUAGUGGCAGAAGGGGGAGGAACUCUCCUUUCGCCAGGGAGCUCUGCUCUCGUCUGUCAUGGGAGCCUGUCCCAGGCCUGCUUCCUUCUUAGGGUGUUACAGGCUCCUAUUCUGGCGCUGUUGCACAGGACACUGUUUGACUGAAAUAGCUGUUGCUCCAAGCUGUGUGACAGGCUCCCCCCGUUGACUCUGGAGGCUCAGUUUUGCAGAUCCAGACCUCCUCAUGUCCUUGCCCUCAGCUGUGUCUCGGGGUGUUAGUGGCAGCAGCUGCUCUGGGCCGGUGUUGCUAUAGUGGGAGCCAUGAGCAUGACACUUGCUUUCCAGGUUUUUAAUGCGUGCCACAUACUGAAGACCCCUGAUUGUAUGUUGGGAGCUCUGACAAGCCCAUGCUUUUGGCAGUAAGCAUUGUAGCAGCUGUGAUGAGGUAGGUUUCCUCACUGAGUGCUGCAUGGGGCUUCCCAUAAACAACAUGGUGAAGGUCAUGUAAGGGCACUGGCCCUGAGGCAAAGAGUGGAUCCUGCUGCUGUUGGGCCUUUUCCACCUGCUCCUCCUGCCAUGCUUGCUGUUUCCUCUCUUUAGGCCAUUACUUCCUUGCCAGAGAGUUUGACCACAGAGAGUCGCCAAGAUAGCUGGGCCAGGAAGAAAACGUCGCACCCCUGACCCAGACUCCAUUAGCGACCCCGGCGGGCUGUUUGUGUCCUCCAAACGGCUGAAAAUGUCCAGCAGCACAAAUGCCCCUGGCCAGAGGAGAGCGUCUCGGGGCUUGGAUGAUGCCACCAACAAGAAGAAGCAAAAGGAUCGAGCCAAUCAGGAAAGCAAGGAAGAGCUGCUGCUGGACUGGAAGCAGAAUGCUGAUGAGAUCAUUAUCAAGUUGAAUUUGGGCACUGGAGCUCUGAAGGCAGAGGAUGUACGUGCUGAUUUCACUGACACGGACUGUGUGGUCAAACUACCAGACGGGCGCCAGUGGAGCUGUCAGUUCUAUGAGGAGAUUGAGAGCUCCUGCAGCAAGAUCCAGUGCAAGAAGGGCAACUUUCUCCAGCUUGUGCUGCAGAAGAAGAUCCCACUCCAUAACUGGUCUUCACUUCUGAAAAAAAGGAAAGACGGAUCCAAAGAAGUGGCCAAAGGGGCUGCGUGCUGGGAGAACGGGAAGGAGAAGGCUGCUUCUGCAGAGCUGACCCCUGAAGAGCCGAAGGCUGAAGGCACAGAGCCACCGAGAUCCCGGCGGGAGCCCUCCAACCCCAAGCGUGCUCCAGGAAGAAGCGAGGUCCUGGGAGGGAAGAGCCCAGCCAGCCCAGGGACACAGAGUGGCCCCAGUGCCAAGCGGGCAGUGUACCUCAAAGUGGCUCCCACGGAAGAGGAGCCGAAUGCCCGGGUCAGCGGGGGCACGGAACCCAGCAAAGGGCACGGCACGAGGGCCGGCAGCCGCCGCAACGGCAGAGCCAGCCAGGCUGAUGCACCCGCGGCCCUGGCAGACCUCGCGCUGCCACUCGAGAAGGCUGUGAUUUUGGCCAAAGAGAGUGUUCCCGUGGAGAUGCCACCUCUUGCAGCUACCACAGAGGUGCUCCCCCAUCGUGUUGCCACCUGUGUUGAGAAGAGAGUCCUGCAGCCAGGCAGCCCUACUGAGGCCUUGCGGAGCCGGGACUGCCUGCCCAUCCUGGGAGAGAGCUCUAAGGCUGUCCCAGUGGCCACCCCUCCCAUGGGCAGGGAUGGUGAGAAGAGGGACUGGUCCAAGGACGACGUGGCUCUGGAAGCAGCAGCUGAUGAGCCAGAGCCUUUUGUAAGCCUGACCUUUGUCAAGAAUGACUCAUAUGAGAAGGGCAAUGAUCUGGUGGUGGUGCAUGUCUAUGUGAAGGAGAUCCACAAGGAGACAUCCAAGGUGUUGUUCCGGGAACAAGACUUCACACUAGUGUUCCAGACGAGUGAUACAAACUUCCUUCGUCUCCAUCCUGGCUGUGGGCCCCACACGGUGUUCCGGUGGCAGGUGAAGCUCAGGAACCUUAUUGAGCCGGACCAGUGCACGUACAACUUCACGGUGUCUCGCAUCGAUGUCUGCCUGAAGAAACGCCAGAGCCAGCGCUGGGGGGGGCUGGAGGCUCCAGCCACACGAGUGGGUGGUGCAAAGGUUGCCAUGCCUACAGGCCCUACCCCUCUGGAUAAGAACCCUCCAGGCAGUAACCAGCACCCCCUCUCCAGCAAGGAAGAGGCCCGAACCAGCGACAAAGAGAAGCCACGUGUGGAAGAUGGGGCUCUGGAUGGUGUGGCAGCCCGUACGGCCCCAGAGCACUUGGCAGUGAAGCAAGAGCCACACAUUCCUUCGCCCAAACCAACAUGUAUGGUGCCACCGAUGACACACAGCCCGGUGAGUGCCGAGAGCGUGGAGGAUGAUGAGGAUGAGGAUGAGAAGAAGAAGGUCUGCCUGCCUGGCUUCACAGGUCUGGUGAACCUGGGCAACACCUGCUUCAUGAACAGCGUCAUCCAGUCCCUGUCCAACACCCGGGAGCUGCGUGACUACUUCCAUGAUCGGUCCUUUGAGUCAGAAAUCAACUAUAACAACCCGCUGGGGACGGGUGGACGCCUGGCCAUUGGCUUUGCCAUGCUGCUCAGAGCACUGUGGAAGGGCACGCACCAUGCCUUCCAGCCCUCUAAACUGAAGGCAAUUGUGGCCAGCAAGGCCAGCCAGUUCACUGGCUAUGCCCAGCAUGAUGCUCAGGAGUUCAUGGCCUUCCUGCUCGAUGGCCUGCAUGAGGACCUCAACCGCAUCCAGAACAAGCCCUACACAGAGACUGUUGACUCGGAUGGGAGGCCUGAUGAGGUGGUAGCUGAGGAGGCUUGGCAACGACACAAGAUGAGGAAUGACUCGUUCAUAGUAGACCUCUUCCAGGGCCAGUACAAAUCCAAGCUCGUCUGCCCGAUGUGCUCCAAGGUGUCUAUUACCUUUGACCCCUUCCUGUAUCUCCCCGUGCCCCUCCCACAGAAGCAAAAGGUGCUGACUGUCUACUACUUUGCAAAGGAGCCACACAAGAAACCCAUCAAGUUCCUCGUGAGUAUCAGCAAGGAGAACUCCAGUGCCAUGGAGGUGCUUGACUCAGUUGCCCACAGCGUGCGUGUGAAACCAGAGAACCUGCGCCUGGCAGAGGUGAUCAAGAAUCACUUCCACCGCAUGUUCCAGCCCUCUAACUCACUAGACACAGUUUCGCCAACGGACCUGCUGCUGUGCUUUGAGGUGCUGUCCCCAGAGCUGGCCAAGGAGCGUGUGGUGGAGCUGCAGGUCCAGCAGCGUCCACAGGUGCCCAGUGGCCCUGUUGCCAAGUGUGCAGCCUGCCAGAAGAAGCAGCUGCCAGAGGAUGAGAAGCUGAAGCGCUGCACGAGGUGCUAUCGAGUUGGUUACUGCAACGUGGCAUGUCAGAAAACACACUGGCCAGACCACAAGGCCUCGUGCCGUCCUGAGAACAUCGGUUUCCCCUUCCUCAUCAGCGUGCCCGAGUCCCGCCUCACCUACGCCCGCCUGGCCCAGCUGCUGGAGGGCUACGCCAGGUACUCAGUCAGCGUGUUCCAGCCUCCCUUCCAGUUGGGCCGGAUGUCACCGGAGCAGGGGCUGCAGCCUCUGCACUCGGACAAGCUGGAGCCCCUGGCCAAGAGCAGCUGUGCAGCAGCCACCUCUGCCCCCGAGCUGGGAGAUGGGGACAGGGUUUCCAGCCUCCCUCAGGAGCCCCCGCUCUCCCCAGCUGUGCCUGAGCUGCAGCCAGAGAUGGGGGAUACUACCACUGUCCGGAGCAAGGUCCUGACAGCCAGGAGUUCCCUCCUGAGCUUGGAUUCAGGGUUCUCUGAGCACAUGGAGUCACAGGGUGACAGCUGUUGUGAGAAGGAGCCAUCCUAUGAGAGAGCCCUCAAGCCAGAAGCUGCCAUCCCUGGGUACCAACACACUCCAGACUCACUGAGUGCCCGCGCCACGCAGUUCUACAUCACUAAGAUCGAUGCUGCCAACCGAGAGCACAAGCUGGAAGAUAAAGGUGACAUCCCCCUGGAUCUGACAGACGACUGCUCCCUUGCCCUGGUGUGGAAGAACAAUGAGCGCCUCAAGGAAUUCGUGUUGGUAGAAUCCAAGGAGUUGGAGUGUGUGGAGGAUCCAGGCUCAGCCAGCGAAGCAGCCCGGGCUGGCCACUUCACCCUGGAGCAGUGCCUCAAUCUCUUCACGAAGCCUGAAGUCCUGGCCCCAGAGGAAGCGUGGUACUGCCCCAAGUGCAAGCAGCACCGCGAGGCUUCCAAGCAGCUGAUGCUGUGGCGGCUGCCCAACGUCCUCAUCAUCCAGCUCAAGCGCUUCUCCUUCCGCAGCUUUAUUUGGAGGGACAAGAUCAAUGACAUGGUGGACUUUCCUGUCCGGAGUCUGGACCUGAGCAAGUUCUGCAUUGGUCGGAAGGGUGAGCAGCACCUGCCUAUGUACGACCUGUAUGCUGUGAUCAACCACUAUGGAGGCAUGAUUGGAGGGCACUACACAGCGUACGCCCGCCUGCCCAACGACAAGAACAGCCAGCGCAGCGACGUGGGCUGGCGGCUCUUUGACGACAGCACAGUCACCACGGUGGAUGAGAGCCAGGUGGUGACCAGAUACGCCUAUGUCCUCUUCUACCGCCGGAGGAACUCUCCUGUGGAGAGACCCCUGCCAGGACAUCCCUCAGACCACCGCGCCGAGCGCACCCCCUCUGCCGAAGCUGCUGCCAGCCAGGCUUCUCUGAUCUGGCAGGAACUGGAGGCUGAAGAACAAGAGCUGCAGCUUGAGGCACCCCAAAGGCCUGCAAGAAACUCUUGGAGGCCCUGUGGCCAGAAGCGAAGUCCGGGCACCCCCCAGCACCCAGAUGAAGGCUGCGUCAGAUACUUUGUCCUGGCCACCACGGCUGCAAUUGUGGCUCUCUUCCUGAACGUCUUCUACCCACUCAUUUACCAGCCCCGCUGGAGAUAGGCCCAGGCGCGUGGCCAGCUGCGGGAGCAGGGCCGCCAGGGCACGCGCCGUCCUAGGACGCUCUGAGACCAAGACAUGAGGCAGCAGGACAGAAAUCGCUGGGAAAGACUCGCCAAGGGAAACAUGGGGCUGUCGGCUCCUGUCUGUCUGCUCUGGCAUCUCCUGUGCCAGCUGGCAGGCCUGUGUGGCCAGCCUGCUACUUUGCCAAGGCACAACCCAGAACCAGAAGCUCCUUUGCCCUUCCUUGCUGCCCACUGGGAGUGGGGAAGACCUCAAGGCUACCUGCUGCUCAAGAAGGGACGUUGCUGCUGCAGCCUUGCUGGGGCCUGAGAGCCCUGUGGGCACAUCAACCAUCUCUGCUUGGCUCCCAAGAAGGAAAUGGAGACCUGCCGGGAGGCUGCAGCAAGGGCAGGAUGCCCUGACACGGGCCUGGCUGGCCACCUCUCUCAGCUGUGCUGCUUCAGGAGCCUUGAGCUCCCCUGGGGCUGGGUUACCCACGGUCCUUGGCCAGCCCAGUCUGCCCUGCUAGCCUUCUGCUGAGCCUUCUGGUGCCAGCCGCCUAUGUGCUGGGAGCGUGUGCCACACUCCUGUGCUGGGGCUGGACGGGCUUGUCACCAGGGGCUUGUGUGCUUCCCUGCUCAGCCCCAGACAGGGCCAGGGAGCCUGGCAAUCCAGACUGAGGUGCCCAUGGUGGGCACCGUGGGGCUGUGUGCUGGUAGCAUCUGGGGGAGUUGGUCUCUUCAGGGCAGUGUGGUGCAGCACCUCAUUUGCGAGGGUGCCAGCUGCCCAUGCUGCGGGAGAGGCGUGGGGUCAGGGAGCACAGAUAUGGCCAUGGUGCAUUAAAUAAAGCCAGGUUUUCCAAAAAAAUGCAGUAUUCCUGUCCUGUGUGCUGGGACUCCCACACAGAGGUGAGGACUCCACACUGGGGUCACCUGAGGCCACUAUGUGACCCAGCUGGCACCAGAACCAUCCCUUGGGCUUUGCUGGGUGCCUGGUGCACCUUGUGCGGCAGCAGGCUCAGGAGUGAGCUCUGCCUGCCCGUGCCAUGGGGCACAGGCUGGGCUCCAGUCCCAGCUGUGGAGUGAUAGCCUCAUGGGACACGUGCAGGGUGUGGGGAUCCUGGCAGGGCCAGGAGCAGGCAGUCCCCUGAGGCUGGGGCACAGGCUGCCACUCCAACCGUGUCUGACAUUGAGACGUGUUGCCCUUGGCUGCGUGUGGCUCAGACGGCUCUGGUGUAUCUGGGUGUGAGAGGUGACUUCAGAGCCCUGUGACUUUCUUUUCUGUCUCCACUGCUGUUCUGCUGGCAGUGCCCUCAGCUGGCCUGGGAGGGAUGCUUUGCAGUGAAGGGGUUCCUCUGUGUUUUAGGCCAGGGCCUGAGCUGGACUCCCCCUACCUUUGUCCCACACCCCUCCUCCACGUGCUGAGGUUUACUCCCUGCCCAAGCAGGUCCCAGCCGGAGAGCACAGCAGGGCUGUGCCGUGGUCAUGAGGUGCCUGUCCUGGAACAGUCGCCUCAUUGUCUGCAGCCCUGGGUCUCAGCAGCUUCCCCCGCUCACCCACGGUGCCGGCCUCGUGGGUCUGAGUCAGUGCCCGGCGCCGGUGGGCUGACCUCUGCUCUGACUGCUGCUGGCACCCCAGCCUUGGGGCCCACAAGCCGCUGCCUGCACCUGCCUGACCUCACCGGCGGUGGGUGGCCGGCAGUGAGACCUGACAAAGUGCUCUCAGCCCUGGAAAUCCCCUCUGGCCCUGCUCUGUUCCUCAGACCUCCGGCAGGCACUGGCAGCGUGCCUGUGGCCCGUCACUGCCGCCCGUGCUGGGGUGCAGGGCUGUGCUCCGCCCUGGGGCAGGAGUGCUGCGGCCUGGCCCUCCUGCCGGGCCAAAGGGGCUGCCUCCAGCGGC